UUUGACCCGUUUAUAGGAUAUUAGUUACAAUUUCAAGACUACAUGUUUUAAGCAAUCAUAUUUACUUUGUUUAACAAAAAUAUUCUACGAUGAUUCGACAGACGAGGAUCGCCACUUAACAUUCUUACUUAAACAAAAAAAUUCAAUACAGAAGUAAUUUCCAAACAAAGAUGAGGCAUCUUGCAAUUGGAAGAACCCCCUGGACUCCACAGAAGAUGCCUGCUCACAUUGCCGAGACUCCAACCCUGUCCGGUUCUGGUGGAAAUGCUCCACAGACACACAGAGCAGAUAUAAACCGUCCACUAUGUUUGCCCCUGGUCUCUGAGAGCAAGAAGGUGAUAUGGGUGGACUCAGAGCAGGUUGAGCUACAGCUGAAAGAACAACCUGAGCUGGAGAACGCCUUUGACCAGUUUCCUUAUCUGACAGCCCAACAGACUGCAGCUCUGGCUCAGCGCUGCUCCCUCCACCCAGACCAGGUGAAGGUGUGGUUCAUGGCGAAAAGGCUGGAGUACGGGAUCAGCUGGGACAGUGAAGACAUCCAUGAAGUCUAUGGAAAGAUUAGAGCCGGACAAGGAGAUGAAGGACAAGAAAAGGGUACAGAUUCCUCUGAGAUGAGAUCAGGAGAAGAGCAGAGUGUGGAGGAAAGAGGAUUAUUAGGAGCUUGUGAGGCGGGAAAGUUAGAGGAAAAUAAAAUCAAAAUAAGGAAGAAAAAGUCUGUCGUUAACAGGAGGAAAAAGAAGCAAACUGCUAAGAAAGCAACAAAUCCGAUGCUAAAGUCCGACACUCUGCCUGAUGGAGCAAUUCACACCAGAAAGUUAAAAAGCACAAGAAAAAGACCUGUGUCAGAGCAGGUAAAGCCUCCUAACAAGUACCGUCCUCUGCCCGAUGACCCACUGGGUGACCCACUCCCCCCUGGUAUAACCGUCCCUGCAAACCCUGCAAACAGACGCUUAGGUGAAAGCAAACAAGUGAAAAUGGAGUUGAGAGAUAAGUCUAAAAAGGCCACUGACGGGAAACGGAAGGAGCUCAUUAAAGGUAGCGACAGCCCCUUUACAGAUGAUCAGACCUCUUUCCCCAAACAGCAGCAUGAGGAUGUUCCACAUCCCUGCAAUAAUCCUUCUCAGAAUUUUAGUGGAAAAAAGACAUGUUUCCAGUUAUUGACGCUGAAGAAGGCUUUCAUAGACUCCCAGUAUCCAACCAGAGAGCUGUACUGUCACUUGAGCGAGGUGACCGGCGUGAGCCACCACAAUUUGGUUAAGUGGUUUAAGGACAUGCGCUAUUACAGUAAAAAAGUAAAGCCCGGCUGGAUGACUGAGGAGCAACACAAGCGAGUGAUGGGCAACAUCCUGUACCGGCAAUGCAUUGAAAAAAUAACAAAGAUGGAAAAACAAGAGAACGUUUGAAGAUGUCUGCUGAGCCACAAUGUUGAUGUUUGCUUAAUAGUGGCACAUUGAGCAGCUGUGAAUGUUUUUCUUUUGAAUUCCUGAAUACAGUUCAUGUACUCGUUUGUUGGAAAAAAUGUUUCUGUCGUUAAAGUGAAGGAGUUCCAGUGUUUGUUCAGACAGGAGUGACUGAAUGAUUGCUCUUUUUAGCUGACCUGAAUGUUAAAAACCCAGAGUGGGCCAGAAAAACUAUAAGAAAAAAUGGAUAAAAGUUGACCAAAAAAAAGGUUAUUUUACAAUUUGGAGACAAAAGUUUUCCGUACAAGGAGCAAAAUAAAUGAAUACAUUCAUUGUAAGAA